UGGCUUUUCUCUCUGAUGAUGACAAGAUAAAAGCUUGUUGCUUUCUAAAGACAUGACAUAUGGUUUAUGUGAAGAUAAUCAUCACAUGUGGCAAACCUUCGUCAUGAUAUUUUCGUAUGUAUGGCCUUUAUAUGUGUAUAAAUAUGCUAGUUUAUGUUUUAUAUAACUCGUGUUGUUCAUUUCAAGAUGAACUUUGUUAAAAGAUUAUCAGAAUCACGUGAUCUCAACACAAUCCCAUCAAUCUACACCUACACCACAAACCCUAAUGAAUCCCCUGUUUCAAACUCUCAAGAUUCAAUCCCCACCAUUGAUUUUUCCCUACUCACGUCCCCUGAUCCUUCCUUACGUUUGCAAGUUAUCCAGGAGCUAGGUGACGCAUGCAAAGAUUGGGGCUUUUUUCAGGUGAUUAAUCAUGGGGUUCCCGAAGAUUUGAUGAACAUGGUUGUUGAAAAAUCAAAUGAAUUUUUCAAUUUGACAGAUGAAGAGAAGAAAGAUUUUGAAGAAAAGGAUGUUCUUGAUCCAAUUAGAUAUGGAACAAGCUUUAAUUCUAAGAAAGAUAAGGUUUUUUGCUGGAGGGAUUUUCUGAAAGUUAUUGUACACCCGGAAUUUCACUCUCCCAACAAACCUGUAGGUUUCAGUGAGAUUAUGUUGGAGUACUCCAAAAGAACCAGAGAAGUAGUAAGAGGGUUACUUAACGGGAUAUCAAUGAGCUUAGGACUCGACCAAUCUUGCAUAGAAAAAACUAUGAAAUUGGAAUCCGGUUUACAAAUAUUUGUUGUAAAUCUUUACCCCCCUUGCCCACAGCCUGAGCUUGCAAUAGGGUUGCCCCCUCAUUCGGAUCAUGGCCUCUUGACGCUCCUCAUCAACAAUGGUGUAGGCGGGCUUCAAAUCAAACAUAAUGGCAAAUGGGUCAAUGUGAAUGACACCUUUCCAGGCUCGUUUCUUGUCAAUACUGCCGACCACCUUGAGAUUUUUAGUAAUGGGAAGUACAAGAGUGUGGAGCAUCGUGCGAUUGUAAAUAAUGUGGCCACGAGGAUAUCGGUAGUUGUAGCGAAUGGGCCGUCGUUGGAUACGGUGGUGAGGCCGGCUUAUGAGUUGGUGGAUGAAGAAAGGUGUCCCGCAUCGUUUGUUCCGAUGAAAUAUAAGGAGUAUCUAGAAAUGCAACAAGGCAACCAAAUUGUUGGAAAAACUUGUUUGGACCGGGUGCGGGUAUGAGGAAAAAUGUAUAUGCGAUCUUGUGUGAUAUCUUGUGUCAUAUUAAUGUUCAUCUAGUAUUGCAUUGUUGAUUUUUGUGUAUGAGUUAUGUAUAUAUAUGCUUAGGUCAAGGUUUUUAAAUACUA